GAGGUGCAGCCCGGGGCUUCCCGGGCAGAGGGUGCAGGCGCGCGAGCCCGGGCUCGCUGAAGUGCGCUGAGCGGCAGGGCGAGGAGGAUUCUCUUCCACGCGAGCUUUUGCCUUUGCAAACUCCCCCAGCGCGUGUGCUCGAGAAAGGAGCCCGGGCUGGGUUUGCUUUUCCCCCCGCGAGAGGGAGAAACUUUGAACCGUAGGAAGGUUGCACUGAAAAUGCUGGCGUGGACGGGCGUGUGAAGGGAAGCCUCCCGGCCCCCCCGGGGCUGCGUGGGAAUAAGAAAGCCUUUUGUGAGCUGCAUGGUGCCGGGGAAGCUGCUGCUGCGCCUCUGGCUUGUUGAGGUGUCCACAAGCGGACUUGAACGUGGGAGGAUGGAGAAGAAAAACAUGGAUCAUUACCUGCGCCGCCUGAAGCAGGAGCUGUUAUCCAUGAAGGAGGUUGGAGACGGGCUGCAUGAACAGAUGAAUUGCAUGAUGGGUGCCCUGCAAGAGUUGAAACUCCUCCAGGUCCAGACAGCUUUGGAGCAGUUGGAGAUUUCAGAGACUCGAAACAAGGUUUCAGGCAUUGGCCAGCACCAGUGCUGUCGAAAUGGCAGAGAGGUGCCCAGAGCCAGCAGGCAGAAUGAGAGGUUGCUGGGAAGGAGAUCUUUGGAGGAGUGCAGCCCCAUGGCGUUUGCACACUCCACCCAGGUGCCACAAUCUGCCAGCCUGUUUGGCCCUGUGACUUUACCAGACAGUAGCCACCACAGACACGUGGCUUAUAGCAAAGACUGUUAUCCUACUAGCAGACCUUCUUCAGCUCUGACCACAGCAGAGUACUGCCCGCCAAGGAAAUUUGAGUCAGCCAGUUUGGGCACAACUGGGAACCAGUUUCAUAGAGACACAGCCAGCAUCCCUCAGACUUUGGCUGGGAGUAGAUUGGGAUGCAGAGAAUGCCAGGCUUCUGAUGAGGCCAACGACUGGACUUCCUCACUAAUGUCUCAGAGCAGGAACCGGCAGCCUCUGGUCUUAGGGGAUAAUAUCUUUGCAGAUUUGGUUGGGAACUGGUUGGAUCUGCCAGAACUGGAUAAAAAGGGGGAGAAAAAUGAGACUUCCCUGUCCAUCAGCAGGUCUCAGGAGUUCUACAGGAAGUUUUCCCUCACGGCCAACAUCUUCAAAAAGUUCUUGAGGAGCGUACGGCCAGACCGAGAUAGGCUCCUCAAGGAAAAACCAUGUUGGCUCCCGGCGGAAGACAGAGAGACUGAAAUUUCAAAGAGAUCCAAAAAGGUGAGCAAGCAGAAGGGAACAUUUUACUUCGCCCUCCAUGGGAACCUACAGAAUGCUCACAGCAAAAUGGAGAGGUGCCCAAAGGCAGAAGCUAGUAAUGACAAAUCCAAGAAUUAUGCCAAGAAGGUCCAUGGCACCACAGACCACACCCAGUCAGGCUUUGAUAUGAAUACAGCCGUAUGGGUCUAAGUUCCUAUAAGCGUCUCCUUUGCCAAAUGGUUCUGCUUCACGCUAGAGAUGAGCUGGAGCACAUACAUGCCUGUACGUGAUAUACCCCAAAGGCCUGCCCCACACUGGGGUGGGGGAAACAGCAUAUCCUGUAGUGUAGAGCAUGCUGUGGGAAGCAGCCCCACGAGCCCAGCUUUUAAGAGACCUACAUCUCCUGGGGAAGGACGUCCAACCAGCAGCUGAAUCAGGACUGUGUGCAGAAGCUUUCCAGAGCUGGUGCUUGGGAGAAUGACCAGAUUUCCUGACAGCGUCCAGGGCAGGUAGCACCAUGGAUAGCCGCCCCUUACCUGUGUGUGAGCCUCUCUGAUCAUAGGGACUUCAUGUUUGCCAAUCCAUUCAGUUCAUCUCUGGUUAAGAUAGCUACGGUACAUAAAAUGCAUUGUGUGUGUGUGUGUGUGUGUGAUGUAUAUAUCUUUAAAUCAGCUCUCCCUUGUGUGCACUUAAUACUGGAUUGUAAACCAGGCAACUCGAAAGUUGCUCUCAGAGCACUUGAUAUUUAAAUUAAAAAAGUAAGGUAUGAAUUUAUAAGAGACUGCAGUACUUGAACAGUCGCUGAAUGCAGAUGUUGUGUGCUCACGUUGCAUUUCAGCUUUUCUUUUUGUAAAGCAUUAUCUCCAGUGUGCUCUUUGCCUGUCCUCUCCUGCAUCAGUUAAACGAGUAGUAUAAGUAACAGGUCCAUACAUGGAAUUUUCUGAUGUCCAGAAAUUCUUCACCAGUUGAGCGUUACCCUUCAUGGCCUUAAACCCAGAUGCCGCACUGAGAUAUGAAGUUGCAACAGACUUUGUGUUGGGUUGUUGGGGUUCUUUGUUUGUUUGUUUUAUUUGUUGUUAUGUACAGAUUUAGUCUUGAGAAAACAAACCAGAGUUAUUCAGUGUUCCACUCUCCAAGAAUUACUAAU